ACUGCCUGCACGUGGGCGGGGCUCUGCCGGGCGGGCGGUGUCCUGGGCUCUCCAGCUCCUUCCCCCGCUGCCUGGCGGUGUAGCCGAGGCGAACUGAGCGGCCCGGGCCCUGCAGGUUCAGCACUCAGACUCAUCUGAUGACCGGCCCUGACUCCAAGUGACUGACGAGCACCUGUUGUUUCUUGGGUGACACACCAGGGGCUGCGAUGGACCUGGUUCUCAGUGUUGCCGAUCAUUACUUCUUUACUCCAUAUGUGUAUCCAGCCACGUGGCCCGAGGACAACAUCGUCCGACAAACUAUUAGUCUCCUGAUUGUCACGAACCUGGGGGCUUAUAUCCUCUACUUCUUUUGUGCAACCCUGAGCUAUUAUUUUGUCUAUGAUCAUUCGUUAAUGAAGCAUCCACAGUUUUUAAAGAAUCAAGUCUCUCGGGAGAUCAUAUUCACCGUCAAGUCUUUGCCCUGGAUAAGUAUCCCCACCAUUGCAUUGUUCCUGCUGGAGUUGAGAGGCUACAGCAAGCUCUACGAUGACAUAGGAGACUUCCCAAAUGGCUGGAUUCAUCUCAUCAUUAGCGUGCUAUCCUUCCUCUUUUUCACGGAUAUGCUGAUCUACUGGAUUCACAGGGGCCUGCAUCAUAGACUGGUCUACAAGCGCAUACAUAAACCUCAUCAUAUUUGGAAGAUCCCCACUCCAUUUGCAAGUCAUGCUUUUCACCCUGUGGACGGCUUCCUCCAGAGUCUACCUUACCACAUAUACCCCUUUAUCUUUCCACUGCACAAGGUGGUCUAUUUAGGUUUAUAUGUCUUGGUUAAUGUCUGGACAAUUUCUAUUCAUGACGGUGAUUUUCGUGUCCCCCAGUUCUUAAGGCCAUUUAUUAAUGGGUCAGCUCAUCACACAGACCACCACAUGUUUUUUGACUAUAACUAUGGACAGUAUUUCACAUUGUGGGAUAGAAUUGGAGGCUCUUUUAAAAAUCCUUCCUCCUUUGAAGGGAAAGGACCACAUAGUUAUGUGCGGAAGAUGGCCGAAAGAGAGUUCAACAACCUUGCAGUAAAUGGCUGUAAAAGCGAAAAAGUGUGCAAUGGAGAGUUUACAAAGACUAAGUAGGUUAUUGCCCAAUUAUUAAAUAUUUUAAAUAAGGAAAUAAUCUACACACAGCCAAGAUACAUAGCGCAUAAGUGGUGUCAUUUGGACAUCAGCAUUUUGUGUUCUGACGAUAAACUGGGAAGAAGCUGGGAGCAGCAAGACUGUAAUCCAGUGGCCAGUGGGUCAGACAUUGGUCCAGGGGACAACUUGUAUCUUUGCAGCCAGCAGAUCUGCAGCCUGUACAGCCCCAACAACUUUAAAUAAGAUAAAAGAUACGCUACGGAAGAAGCUGGUCCAUGUCCUUUUGCCUUAAUCCACUCAUAUUCAUUAAGGGGAAAAAAACCCCAUUGUACUUAACAAUACUGAGACUAGCCAAGAAAUACUAAUCUGAGGAUGGCUCCUGUCCUGGGAGCGGCUGGCUCUGCAGUGGUGGCGGAGGACUUGCAGGACUUGGUUCAGAUCGGAACAUCAGCCCGAACUAGCUGAUAUACAAGUGGCUAUGUAUAUGAUUUACCUAAUGGCUGGUGUGGUAAGAUUAUAUUAUCUUCUUAUACAUAGUCGCCUUACUCUCAAGGGCAUUAUCAGACUUUAAUAAUGCAUAAAUAAAUAAAUGGUAAUUUUUUAAAAUGUUAGCUCUUCUAUGAUUCAAUCCAGAUAUGAGAUUAUUUAACUGAAAAUCUUGAUUCAUGUCAUUUAAAACUACUGUUUAAUAAGCCUACAGCCACAAAUCUAGAUAAUGCUAGAUAUAAACUUAGGGCACCAGGUGGCACAUCUCUUUUUAAUAAAAUGGAUGCACUGUACUUUUGAUGUAUUCCAAGUUACAAAGCUGAUUUUUUAAAUGAAGGGAAUAAUUGCCAAAUACUUAAGUCUACCUGAGAUACGUACACUUUGAAACCUCAGUCUCCAUUUCUUCCCUCUUUUCCUACUGAAAAAAAAAAAUCUCACAAACACCUCCAGGAAGAAAGGUGGGUAUUAUAAGUAUAUUGGUGUAAAGAUAUUCUAUUGGCUGUUUAUGCAAAAACCAAUAAAAGUUGAUCAUGACUGCUAUUAACCACUUAAAUGUUAUAGCACAAAAUAUCCUUUGUUUAAAUUAGUGACACUCUGAAGACAGAGUUGAUGUGGGUUGUAAAAGCUGAGAGCAUUCCAGAUACCCAGGGUCAGACUGCUGGAUGUGAGUGUUUACUACAAGGAUCUCUCACUCAGCAAAUCCUUCCUCAUUUGCUAGUUGACAUUAUCAAGUGCUCUGAGGCAGUGGAAAUGGGAAAUAAAGAGGCUCUGUGUACGGAUCUAGACUUCCUUUUCCUGGAAAUAGAACCCACCAGGACACAUCACUAAGAUAAGACUGACUGAGAUGUUGAAUGACUCUGACGCCCAGCUCUUGGCAGUGUGCUGUGGAUGCUACAUCAAGAAAGAGCAAACUCCCCAAGUGGGACAUCUCUUCUCCUCAAGGCUCAGGGAACAUUAAGGAAGAAGCUGAGGCCAGGGGAGAAUGCUGCAAGACUCUGGACAUGAGGGGCCAUCCUGCUUGUGAACUUAUUGCAACUGUGUCUGUCUGCACACCGUCCAACCAGGGAACAUUCCAGCAUGGAUGGGUUGAGGGGGCUCACAAGGUCCCACCUCCAGCUGGGGAGCUGUUGACAGUGGGUGGCCGCUAGGGAAGGGACAGUCUGUUUGUAGUGGUGUAGUCUCCAAGGUGCUUUUGUGCCCGUGGGCGGCCCUGUACCUGAGGCUAGGGGCAGCUCUAACUGGACCCUGGCUUAUAAAGGAGAAGAAACAGAGAAUGUGAAAUUGGGAGAGAGAUCGGGGAGAAGUCGGGGGUGGAAAGGUAGAGUGGAUAUGAUCAAACUGAUUUGUGUAUGUGUAUGACAAACCGGGAGGCAGGGUUGUCUUCAGCCUCACUUCAGGAGUUGCUGCCAGGAGCCUUGCAGUAGGAAGAAUGAGUCACAGCAGGUGCCCUCUGCAACCUUGCUUUCCCCAUCUCAUAAGGGACGAGCCACUGUCCCCCAGUAGGGUCAAGCCCAGAGAACGGUGGCUUCUGCUUCCUGGCUUCAGUGAUGAUCAUUGUUAAUCUUCUGCUGGGUCCUCAUCAGGAGUAUGGUGGAGGAGGCUACUCUCCCCUUCACGUUGGAGCCUGAAAAGCAUCGGAUGAGUUACAGGAAUAUAUUUAAAAAAAAAAAAAAUCAAAAACAAGAUGUUGCACACUGUGAAUGAUCUUUAUGGGGUGAAAUAGCCAGUGUUUUGGUUGCUGUAGCGUUCUUUUUCAAAACAAGUCAUAAGCCAGUCUACAGUAAAAUUGAGACAAAAUCAAAGCCUGUCUCCCCCCAAAUAGAAUAAACUUCUUAAGGACAGGGAAUGCAUGAUCCAGGUGGUAGUAUGUUUCACCACUAGGGCAGGAGUUGGUAUUGGAAGAAAUUAUUCAUAAAAACUUGUUAUAAUUUGCUUUGUGAAGAUACUUUGAAGAUAAUUGUCCAGGGGCCAGGAUGCGGCCUAAUGGUAGACAGAGUGCAUGCUUGGUACACACAAGGCCCUCGGCUUCAUUCCCUGUCUGGCCAAAAUGUUUUCUUCCUGAAUCUCUAAAGUCAAAUUGAAGAUUUUUAUUAAUUUAAGUGCAAUAGACUUUAAAAAAUAAGUUAUAUUCUAGUUUCUUUAACAGCGAACUCCUAAGUUGAGCCUAUCAAAUGUUCCUGAACACGUAACCAUUUGUCUUUUUAUAAUGAGAUUUUCUUAAAUGUGGUAAGAGACACAGCAUUUUGAGUCAGUUCCCUGGUCAGACUUGUGGUUGGGUACCUGGGCCGAGUCCCACCACUCAGACAUCACCACCGCACGGUAGGAGGUGUCGGAAGUUAGUCAUUUGACUUGAGGUCAUCUGCGCCCUCCUGGAGCCAGCUUAUCUCAUAGGCUUCUGUUCAGCUCCUCCAUUCCGUAUGUCUAUUUCUUUUGGUACUAUCGCCUCACUCAGCCAUUCACUUGAAGAAAAGUUGACCCCCUGACAUGCUGCUAAAGAAGCAAAUAGAAACAUCGUACACAUCCAGCCGUGGAGGCGGCGCUGUGGCGGUGGUCCUGGGCUGCUGCUCCAGUACAGCGUGUGCUGGCUUUCCUGUAGUUAGUGCGCCUGCUCCAUUGUACAGUUCAGCCUGGACAUCCAGACACCAACGGCACCGCCCCCCUCAAGACAGCAUGGCCUCCACCGGAGCGUGCACUGUCUCCCUCUGCGGUUUCCCCCCGGCCUCAGGUAACCACUGACCUACUCUGUCCCUGGGGAUUAAUUUCAUCUCUUCCAGAAUUCCAUUUAAAUUAAAUCAGAUGAGAUAUACUCAUGUGUUGAGCUUUUUUUUUGUUUUGACACAUGUGCUGUUGUAUUUAUCAACAGUUCAUUCCUUUUCAUUGGUGAGUAGUGUUCCUAUUACAGCAUUAUACUAAGUAAUAUGCUACUGUCGGCUAAACUGAGUAUCUGUUGAUGGAUAUCUGGGUUAUUUCCAGUGUGGAGAUAUUUUGAAUAAAGCUAUUAGAGACAUUUGUGAAUGA